UCCUUAAUCAUUUCACGGUGCCUUCGGACGCUUUUUUUCCACCUAAAACGUUUAGUUUCAGCUCAGUGAUCAGCUACCCCAGCUCGGCGGGGGAGCGGAAGGCUUGAAUUAUUCCGACCUGUGAGCGGCCCCUGGCACCAAAAAAAAAAAAAAAAAAAAAAAAAAAAGCACAAAAAAGUGGAAACUUUUUUUCCCUGUCCAGUCCAUCAAGUCCUGAAAAAUCAAAAUGGAUUUAGAGAAAAAUUACCCGACUCCUCGGACCGGCAGGACAGGACAUGGAGGAGUGAAUCAGCUUGGGGGGGUUUUUGUGAAUGGACGGCCACUCCCGGAUGUAGUCCGCCAAAGGAUAGUGGAACUUGCUCAUCAAGGUGUCAGGCCCUGCGACAUCUCCAGGCAGCUUCGGGUCAGCCAUGGUUGUGUCAGCAAAAUUCUUGGCAGGUAUUAUGAGACGGGGAGCAUCAAGCCUGGGGUAAUUGGAGGAUCCAAACCAAAGGUCGCCACACCCAAAGUGGUGGAAAAAAUUGCUGAGUAUAAACGCCAAAAUCCCACCAUGUUUGCCUGGGAGAUCAGGGACCGGCUGCUAGCGGAACGCGUGUGUGACAAUGACACGGUGCCCAGUGUCAGUUCCAUCAACAGGAUCAUUCGGACAAAAGUACAGCAGCCACCCAGCCAGCCGGUCCCAGCUCCCAGCCACGGCACAGUGUCCACGGGCUCGGUGACGCAGGUGUCGUCGGUGAGCACGGACUCAGCCGGCUCCUCGUACUCCAUCAGCGGCAUCCUGGGCAUCACGUCCCCCAGCGCCGACACCAACAAGCGCAAGAGAGACGAAGGUCUUCAGGAGUCCCCGGUGCCCAACGGUCACUCCCUGCCGGGCCGAGACUUCCUCCGGAAGCAGAUGCGGGGAGACCUGUUCACGCAGCAGCAGCUGGAGGUGCUGGACCGCGUGUUCGAGAGGCAGCACUACGCGGACAUCUUCACCACCGCGGAGCCCAUCAAGCCCGAGCAGACCACUGAGUAUUCAGCCAUGGCCUCGCUGGCUGGAGGGCUGGAUGACAUGAAGGCCAACCUGACCAGCCCCACCCCCGCCGACAUCGGGAGCAGUGUGCCAGGGCCGCAGUCCUACCCCAUUGUGACAGGCCGCGACUUGGCAAGCACGACCCUCCCUGGGUACCCUCCGCACGUUCCCCCCGCUGGACAGGGCAGCUACUCCGCGCCGACGCUGACAGGGAUGGUGCCUGGGAGUGAGUUUUCUGGGAGCCCCUACAGCCACCCUCAGUACCCCUCGUACAACGACUCCUGGAGGUUCCCCAACCCGGGGCUGCUCGGUUCCCCGUACUAUUACAGCGCCGCGGCCCGGGGGGCUGCCCCGCCUGCAGCCGCCACUGCCUAUGACCGCCACUGACCCUCGGAGCUGGGCGGCGCCACGCACUUAUGACAUGUCACUGAGGGUGAUAGCCUCCCACCCCCUCUGGAGACAGUCAGAGGGGCCCAAUGAGGCUGUCCCCCAGCAACCCCCCACUCGCCUGAAACUCCUUCCCCCUUUUCCUGCCAGGACUCUGGGGUUCUAUGGGGGAGCUGUAGGACUUCUAGACACCUGUCUAUUUCUAAGAGUCAAUCAAUGAGCUUCUCCCAACGGCAACUGGGUGUCCACAAAGCAACAGACUGUUCUGCAGACAACUGCAGCCCCAGCUCAGCCUGCCAGUCCCCCAGCUGUCUGACCAUCCGUCUGUCUUCCUGCCCCAGGCCUGGGAAGGAGAGCUUGCUUUUGCUGCUUUGGCAGCACCAUGUAAAUACCUGCUUGCUUUUCUAUGGGCCCAAGGGUCCAGCUGAGCAGACUGCCCACCGUGAUGCACCCUGCGCUCCCAAUGCUCACAGGACAUCUCAGACCUGUGUGCAGAGCGCCCCUCAGUCCUGGGUGCCACUUCUUUAAUGUCUCGAGUAGGAGUCUCAUUGGGCUGAUGAUGCUCCAAGGCCCCCCAAGACCCCUCCCCAAGAGAAACACACUUUGGGAAGAUACCCUGGCUUCCUGCCUCCGCUUCCCUGGGCCCAAUGCAGUGCGAGCAGCGCUUUUCCACGUCCAAGGACUCAAAGAACUGUUGGGGAGAUUCCUCAGCCACGGUCCUCAAGUAAGGUGUCGUCCAAGAUGCUGACUGCGUUGCAGACUCUGGACGUUAGGGCUAGACGGGACCCAGGAGACCAUGGUCUGGGUGGGCCUGAGGCUCUCUUGACCCCCAGCCCCUGGAACCGCUGGCCUGAACUGGGCUGUUUGCUGAGGUGUACCCAGGCUCAGAUCACAUUGAACACCCACCGUGGACACUUCUCCACCCUCCAGGACGCCAGCAAGUGGAUUCUGGGCAAGCUUGUCCCUGCCAUGUAGACCAUGGCUAAUGGAAAGGACUUUCCCUGCACCAAGGACAGCAAACAGCUACAGCAGUCCGCCCAGACUUCCCGAGCAGCCCCUCGCGUCCUCGUGGAGCUUAGCGUGCUGCUGGGAGCAGAGAUUUGGGGUCGGGGCGGAUUCCGGACCUCGCGUAGUGGGUAUCCACCUGUGGAUGCAAGGGGGCCAUGAUGCUCAGGGCCAUGGCCAAGGGGCCCAUGGGAGGGGAAGCUUGGAGGGGGAGCUUGGAGAACUCGCUGUGGGCUGGAGUGGUCAGAAAAAGCCACCUGCGGGGAUACUGGGGACAGAGGAAGGCCUUCUGGGAGAGGGGCAGGAUGGGCAGUGAGGAUCUGGUGUGUGAGGAUCUGGCGGGGGUAGUUUGAGAUGGGGGUGCCACCUGCCACCAUCUCUUUGCCUGGGGCCUCAACUCCUCACAGAGUCUCUCUUGCCAACUUGGAACAGCCACGUGGAGCCCCCGUCCAAGUCUGGGCUGAACUGUAGCGAUGACAGUGGACUUGGCCAUUUCAUGUAAUGGUGUCCCCAGUGUCUGCAUGUCACCAAGUCGGCAAAGAACUAGGGCAGAGAGAGCCCCCAUUUGAGGUUAUUGGGCCCGCGAGGUCUUGUCCUGGCUGUACCGCUGCCUUACUGUGGGACCUCAGACAAGACCCUUCACCUCUCUGAGCCUCAGCUGCCUUGGUCCAGCAGGUCACCUGCAGGGUCACCCAACAGCUCUCCCCUUCCCCUCCUCUCUCCCAGGAUGUGGGGCUGUGAUAGGUCGUCUGGGACAGGCCCUCCGCUGCUGAGCGAGCAUAUAGAGGUGGGCUCCUGAUCCUGCUAAUAUUCAGACCAAGUGGAAAACAAGAACACCCAGAGGGGUGGGAACUAGCCUGGAGGAAGACCUAGUCCAGCUCCCUCAGGGGAAACUGAGGCCCAGCAUGGGGAAGCCCUGGACCAUUCAGGGAGACAGAGCAGACCUCUUCUGGCCACCACUGAGUGUUUUCCCCCCAACACCGUACAAGGUGGUGGGACAGAAGAGGAAACUGAGGCUCAGCAAGGUGGAGUCCCCAGGCAGUGACUGGCAGAGGUGGGGCUGGGAUGCAACCCCCUGACCCCUGGCACCUGGUGAUCCUCCCAUCCCUGGGGAGGGAAGUUGACGGUGAGGGCAGUGGGAGACGGUUCUGGGCCCACUGCCCCAGGUGGGGUGUCCUGGGCUGUUAGAACCGCCGAGGGCGCCCAGUCACUCAGGGCAGAGGUGGAGACAGUCAGCGCACCCACCCCCAUGGAGCCUGCUGGGCAAAGGUGGGAAGUGGCCGGGGCCAGAGCCCGCCUCUGGGAGCCCAGAGGAACUGGCUCCGGCCUCCACCUGCCAGGCCGGGUAGGAGAAGGUGUGACACCUGGCACCCCCUACCCCGCAGUCCCUCCCCCUGCAGGAAGUACUGGGGUCGCAGGUCUGCUGCUCAGGGCUCUUGGCCUCUUGCACCCACAUCCUUGGGUCCUGCUGGGACCUGGUCAGCCUUCCCUGGACCAGCUGCCUGUGGCCACACCAUUCUCCCUCGGCAAAGCCUGCCCAGCCCCAGGCACCACUCCGCCCUUCCUGUUCUUCCUGCUGUCCCCGGCCAGGCUCCCUCCACGCCUCUCCUCUCCCUGAGGCUCUGCUGGUCCUCAGGUUGCAUUUGUAUUGAUUAGACACCCACUCGAUUCCUGGGCUGCCAGGAAGAAGCACAAGAGCACACAGAUGCACACACGUGUUCUCACACAUGGACCUGCUCUCGCCAACUGCAUCCCCCGCUGCCCGGCGGGGCGGCCUGGGAGCUUGGAGAGGAAUGUCCAGAGGACACCAGCCGUUGAGUAGGUGCUGGAGAAUUCCGAGCGGAAAACAAGGCCAGGGCUUUCACCAGCAUCGGGGUGGGAGGCCCGGGGUGUUCCUCAUGGGCCUUCAGCCCCGGGUUCCAGCUCUGACUUUUUGAAAAGGACAUUGUGGAUUUUGUGGACAAUUUUCAUACCAUUAGUCUAGCUCCAACCUGAAAAAUCUGAUGACAUGUCAAAUCUGACACCCUUCCUGAGGCGCCUUAGUCAGGCUUUGCCCUUUUAUAACAGACCUUUGUACGGGGCUCUGCAGUCCGCCGACAUCCACUGGGGCAAAGGUCACAGGGCCCAUCCUACAGAUGGGAAGAUUGAGAUUGGGGCUCACAGGACAAGGUAGAGGUGAAGUGAACUCUCAGAUCUCCAGGCCCUGUUCUCUCUCCACGGGAUCAGCCCCUGUCCUGGAAGUGUACGGCCUAGGACACCCUUCAGUCCCCUAGCAGCGCCCAGACCCGUAAUGAGGAAGGAAGGAGCAGCAGCUGGAGGCUGGCCUAACAGAGGGGCCUGAGGGGUGGUGGCUUUGCUGGUCCAACCUGAUCCCCAGUAACACCAGAAUCUGCAGAGCCUUUGGCGACUUCACAGCAGCGCUUCUGAGGUGUCAUCCAGACUCCUUCCCCCCUGUGCCCUGAGGCUCAGAGGGCUCGGAUCCUGUCCAAGGCCACACCACAGCCCUGACAGGGCCUGGGCGCGGGCCCAGUUCUGACUGCAGGGCCCAGGGAUCCAGUGUCAUGAGAUGCCCGCUCACUCUUCUUUAUCCUUCCUGCUGUGGCUCAGACUCCAGGCCUGGCUGUGACAAUACGCAGGCGUCCCCGAGUAGGGCCAUCAGGGUCCACAGGCCUGGGGAACACAGAUGACAAUCCCAGGCUGGGCAGGUGGAGCAGCUGUGCCCCUCGGGCAGGGUGGCAGCAUGAGUGGCGGGACCCAAGACACGGGGAGAGUGCUUACCCCAUCCAACGGCGCUCGAGUGAAAGCUUUUAACAUGCUCUUCAGCCCAAAAAUAUGUCUGUGGGCCAGAUUCCACGCACUGGCCACCAGCUUCAGAGCCAAUCUUCCCAGUGACCCCCUUCUUCUUCACCUCCUUGCCCUUCAUUGCAGAUUUGGGGGAGAUGGGAGCCCAGAGAGAUGAGAGAGGCGCUUCAGGCUGUCCGGCCUGUCGUGUCACAGGGACAGGCUCCCGGCCCUGCCCCUCCCUCCUCCCAGGCUCUUGCAGGCUGGGCUUUGAAGGAGGCGGGGAGAACGUUGGGGGAGGGAGUGGGGGGACUGUUGGCUUUGAGGGGAGGUCCAUGCUGCUGGGCCUUUCACAUGAGCGGGGAAGAGCCCCAGGUGUGGCCACAGGGCACUGAGGGGUGAAAUCCCUUUAUGAGAAGUCACAUCCCAGAGCGACUGCCCUGCCUUUGACAGCUCCUGGCACCAGUAGCCUCCUUCUGGAUGACAUUUCAGUUAGAAUUUAGCUCCAGGCCAUAGGGAGUAAAUCUUAAAAACAAACCAAGCACUCCUGACCAAUACCUGGAAACAAGAUAUGUCUGAGACACAGCUGCACCGAGAGUAGAGAAAACUGCAGGCCCCUGGACGGGCCAGGCCCAGGCUGGAGUGGGUGGAUCCCACAGCUCUCUGGACUGGACCAGCUCCCAGGGGCCCUGCUAAGAGGCCGGCUCUGCAGCCUUGGCCUUGUCACCCAUCUAGGAGCCUGCCUCUGGUGGUUUCCAGGCACGCACGCCAGUGCUCCUGGAGAAUUUAUUCCUUUAGUUCUUGUGGCCUCAGAGAGGUCCAAGGCAAAUGCAGUUCUUAAAAGGGAACAAAAUACAUUAUUGGCAAGUUGGACAGUCAGGCCACGACUCCUGGCCCACCUCCUGGAGCCCCUUCUGCGCCUGGUCCCCUGACGUCCCGCACCUCACAAUUCCCUCCUGCGUAUGCAUGAUGGAGCCACAGUGUUGAUCCUCCCUUCCCCACUGUCAGCUCACGGCUGCGCCUCCAGUGUGGAGGCCGGUCCCCAGGGGCCACUGCCGGGUCUGGAAGCGAGUCCCUUGCCCGCCCGCUCCCCUGACGAGGGGCCUGCAGCUUUUCUGACACGGCUGCUUGCUGGGAGCAGGCAGACCCCGGUCUUUCUUUCAUUCACUGUAAUUUUAUGGCACUGGGGUUCCAUUCCUGGAUCCUACCCCCCGGAUCACAGGGGACCUCAGGGUCACAUCUCUGCCAUUCUAGAGUUUCACCCCGUGUUCCCAGGGGUCCUGUUGAGCUGUCUCCACGUUGAGGGUAAAGGUAACCACUGUUCGGUAAGUUUGGAGAGUCUUCUUCCCACGUCUCAGACCCCCGAGCAGCACAUGGAGAAAACGCAGCUGUUCGUCUGUUUCUUGAGGGAAUCGCACAUUCGACAGUGGACUUGGUCAGUAGUGUGAUUGGCCUGUGGGCAGGAGAAAGAGGGCCGGGUGCUCCCUUUCAGCUCUGGGCAGCUCUGGGCAUGGCACAGGGACGGAAGCAUGUAGACCAGCAGGUAGAGGGACAACCCGGGAGUAGGGCGCCCCCACCCCGACUCUGAGGCCCGGCUGUAGAGGCCAAGCUGUGGCCUCCCCCACCCCAACCCUAGACCCACCCAAUCCUGUGACUCUGGCUGCGGGGCCACCCUCGUCCCCAAAAUUGCCACGCUUGUGGCCACGUCCCUCAUCUCCAAAAGUGCCAUUAAGAACAAGUGAUUUUGGAUGAUGGAUUUUUGAUUUACAAACGGUGCAUUUCCCUUGGAGUGGAACAGAAAGGAAACCAUUUAAUGGCUCCCUUAUUUUCAAGCAUGAAUACAUUGUAAUGAAACUAUUUUAUUGUAUUUAAGGAAAUGGAGAGUUGAAUAUUCCAGCCAAUCAAUAGCCAAUUAAUUGCUAUACAGCUAAAAAGAGAAUAAAUAAGUCCUGAGUCUAUUUGAAAUGCCCUGCAAAGCUCCGAGCCUCCAAAUCCGGCCUUCCCCUCCCUACGUGCACACGUGAGUGUGUACAUGCACACACAUGCACACAUGCACACCCCUGCACCUCAGACAUACUUGAAACUCAGAGAAAGCGCUGAGUCUCCUCAUGCCGAUUCUUGCCUGCUCUCCUGGCCUUUGGUCGGAAGGUGAGCAGACCCGGCAGCAGCCUGUGCUGGGCUCAGGAAGAGGCAGGCCGGUGCCUGGCCCCCAGCGGCUGGCACAAUGUGGGGUAGCGGGCAGUGAGGGCCCCACUUCUCGGCCCCAGCGGCUGGGCCUCCAAGCUCGGGCCCAGGGUGGAAAUCUGACUCGGGUUUGCCCCGACUCUCGCUGGAAGAUGCUGCCCUGGUUUUUCACCCUCUAGUGGCCUUUGGACAUUGAGUGUUUGUAGAAAUGCAGAUUACAUUGCAAAUGGAACUCUUUGCCAGGAAGACACAUGGAUUUUGCUUUGCAUUCUUUGAGACGGUUGACUUUGUCUUAGGGACUGACCUUCCAGCAUCAAAGAAAUACAUAUCUACUGUAUCCGCCAAAGUUUCUGAUGCCUGCAUAGACGCUUACUUGUAAAAAAAAAAGUACAAAAAAAACAACAACAAAAAAAAACAACCACAAUUGAAUUGCCUUUGAAAGUGGGAGAUGAUCUGUCUCCAACAGGUUGAAAAAAAAAUGCUUCUUAAAAGUGUAUGUUUUGUAUUCUUUUUUUCUAGUAGGAAAUAACUGACUUGAAAUAUUGGUGAUUUUUUUCUUAGUGACGUGUGUUGCUUUUGUGUGUAAUAAUAUUUGAAUGUAAUUACAGCAGUGCCAAUUUGCCAAAGAUGUUGGACAUAUUUUUCUUUU